AUGGAGAGGAUCCCAGGUGAAAAACUACUGAAGGUCUGGAGUGGCAUGUCUGAAGAAAUAAUGGAGGGCGUUUUUGCGCAGUUAAAAAGGAUUUUCCAGGAGUUACGCGCCUUGAAACCUCUCCAAGGUACAGGUGUGGAAAGCUGUGCUGGGGGAUCUCUGUACGACUCUCGCAUACCUUAUGGCAAGCCACGUUUCGGCCCGUUUAAGACAAUACAAAAGUUUCGUUUUUGGCUCAGACGAGACCUGAAACCCGAGGAUCUCAAAGAUCGGGAAAAAGAUCAGGAUUGGCACGACCUCCAGGACAUGAUGAGCAAACAGGAUGGGCCAUUUCCUCCGCUAUGUUUCACCCAUGGAGAUCUAAAUCCGUUCAACAUCCUUGUUCGUGAGGGCAACGUGGUUGAAAUCAUCGACUGGGAGUUCUCAGAGUGGUAUCCGCAUUACUGGGAAUAUACAUCGGCAUGGUUUGGCAAUGUAACGAAGACGGAAUGGCAGUGCAAGCUUGAUCAAAUUCUCGACAAACCGCAUCCUGAGGUACUCAAGAUGGAAGAAGUUCGCAACAAAUGGUGGGGUGAAUGA